AUGAAAAAGCCCGGAUUCAGUCUCCUAACAAACUGCAAAGAAAACAACACCAAGGAGAAAGAUUUUCUUGGAUCUUCGGUCUGGCUUGGCUAUUUUCUCCGGCAAACACCUUCAUUCCAACUCGCAAAUAUUUUAAAUGAUGAUGUCAGCGACGAAUCCUUCAGCAAACUUGCUUCUUCUUGGAAAUCUGACGAGUUUACAUACGAUUACGAGCCGAUCAAAAACACAAGGUCAAAGAUAAAGGUCAAUUCUAGAGUAAGUCUUGACUUUGGAAACUGGGACUUGCCCCCAAUCUGUUUUGAAAUGUGUCUUCGCAAAUUUGAAAAGAUAUCGAACUCGGAUGUUGAGUGCGAGCAAAAUUGUGAGAUGAAACGAAGUGUCCUGUGUAAACUCAAAGCUGGACAGCUCGAGGGCCUCCAGAUGCGGGCACUCGGGUCUACGUUUUAUCCCAGGAAGGAAGUUGAAACCUGUGGGAGGAUUCAAUGGAAGAAAAUAAGAACCGGACAAGUCAUGCUGAACGGUCCCGAUUCAAAAAUGCUGAAAUUCAGCGUGCCUAACACGCAUCCCACGGUUGAUAUCCGUCGCCAAACGUAUAUUGGCUUCAUCAGAUUUCCGAAGGUCAAAUGUGGCGUCAAUUUUAUCAAUUCUGUUAGAGAAAAACUCGUGAGCUUUGAAUUCCUCGAUAUAGUUUCUUGCUACGACUUAGACUUUACUUCAAUCGCGGAGGAGCGCAGUCAGACCAGCGUGAUUUUGCAAUUUCGUCUCAAGGGAGUCAUCGAUCAAGACUUGCCGGCGACGAAUUUUCGAAAAUUCAUGAACAAGGACGAAUUCUAUUUGCUUGUUAAAGGAAGCCAGAAGGUUGACUGGAGAAAUGUUGAUCCCGACUCUUGCUUAGAAUCUGCUCAACUCGGAAUUCGGGAAGAUGAUGGAAAAACAGAUGCGAUAAACUAUAAAAACUGCGCAAUCGAAUCUUUUCUGAACAAAGAAUAA